GUUGAGGUUAAAAGGAUGGCGAUAUACGUUUUGUCGAAAUAAACGAGGACGGUUAUCAUCUUUUUCUUUUCACGUUGACAAUCGUGUAAUGUCGACGAGAAUGAAUCGUUGAUCUCGUCGAUAUAUUCGUCGACCUAUCUCUCUGGCAAAAUAAGGAAAGAUGAGUUCGAUCUUCGGUGGAGGAAGUAGCGACAACAAUAACGUUAACGUUGUCAUUUUCGAUGCGUCGAAGAAUGAAAGAAAAUUGAACGAGGAGUUCAAAGUGUUGCAGAGAAAGUUGAAAUCAAAAUGGAAAUUGAUCGAAAACAACGAUACCAUCACCGAAGAAUCAUUGACGAGUGGAAGGGUCUUUGUAUUACCGGGACCGAGAAAUAAAUUCACCGAAGUGGAAAUGAACGCCAUCAGAAAUUUCGUCAAUAACGGCGGCAACGUUCUAGUGAUGCUAGGCGAAGGUGGCGAAAACAAAUCGAACACGAAUAUUAAUUUCUUCAUCGAGGAAUACGGGGUGAUGGUGAACAAUGACAGCGUCAUACGUAUGGGUUAUAAUCAAACGUUACAUCCGAAGGAGUGUCUAGUCUCUCAAGGCUUGUCGAACAAAUCGACCUUUUCGAAGGAUCACAACGAAUACUCAGACAUCAACUUCCUUUAUCCGUAUGGUGCGACGUUGAACGUUGUGCAACCGUCGGUGGUCGCGUUGUCAAGCGGCUCAAUCGCUAUUCCAAUGAACAGGCCUAUCUGUGCAUACUAUUCGGGUAAAAAUGGAUCUGGUAAAUUGGUCGUUUUGGGCUCGGCCAGGAUGUUUACGGAUUCCUAUAUCGAGAGGGAAAAGAAUAGUGCCUUGCAAGAUAUGAUUUUCGAUUUCUUCGAUUCGAACGAUACGACCGAGAGAGAUUUACGUCAGCCGGACGACGUCGACUUUUGGGAAUACAACUUUGUACCCGAUAUAACGCAACAAGCGGACAAUCCAAAAGUUUGUACGCAGGAUCUCGACAAUAUCGAGAUUCCGCGAGAAUAUACGAAACUGUUUAAACAUCAUUUUUACUCGAUAAACUUGAAUAUGGUACCGGCUGCUAUAAAGGCAUACGAAACUUUGGGAGUGAAGCACGAACCAUUGAGCUUGAUACCAGCUCAUUUUGAGGCACCUUUACCGCCUACCCAAGCAUCGGUCUUUCCACCGAGCUUCCAGGAAUUACCACCGCCAGCCUUGGAAUUAUUUGACCUGGACGAGGCAUUUAGUUCUGACUUAUUGAAGUUAUCCCAAUUGACGAAUAAAUAUAUGUCUAGUAAGAAUUUAUCGAACGACACCGAAUUGGAUCAUUACAUUAGAGAAUUUGGUAGUAUAUUAAGGAUAAGCAGUUCGGACGUUCAUACGGCCAGCGAAGUAUUGAAUCACGUUUUUCAAAAGAUCUCCAGUUAUAAGACUAUGCAAGAAAGAAACGAAUAUACCUGAGGCUAAUACCAGGACGAAAGAUUAUUCUAUGAUUUCCUGUAUAUAUAAUUGUCUUUUUAUUGUAUAAAAUGUUGCCGUGCGAAAAAUAAAUGCGACGUUGUACGACGUUGAAAAAAAA